AUGCUGAAUCAAACCUCAGUCACUGAAUUUCUCCUCCUGGGAGAAACAGACAACCAAGCACUGCAGCCUUAUCUCUUCAUGGUUUUCCUUGCAAUCUAUGCUGUCAGUGUGGUUGGGAAUGGAGCUGUCCUGAUGAUUGUCAUCUCUGAUUCGAGACUCCAUUUACCCAUGUAUUUCUUCCUGGGAAAUCUAUCAUGUCUAGAUGUCUGCUAUUCCACAGUGACACUGCCAAAGAUGCUGGAGAACUUCUUCUCUGCACACGAGUCAAUUUCCUUCUUGGGAUGCAUAAGCCAGCUUCACUUCUUCCACUUCCUGGGCAGCACAGAGGCCUUGCUGUUGGCUGUGAUGGCCUUUGACCGCUUUGUGGCUAUCUGCAGGCCACUGCAUUACUCUGUCAUCAUGAAUUAUCAGCUCUGUACCCAGAUGGCUGUCAUUGUCUGGACCACUGGUUUUUUCCAUGCCCUGCUGCACUCCAUGACCUCUCACUUGAACUUCUGUUGCUCUAAUCAGAUCCAUCACUUCUUCUGUGAUGUCAAACCUUUGCUGGAGUUGGCUUGUGGGAACACUGAGCUCAACCAGUGGCUUCUCAAUACAGUUACAGGUACCAUUGCCAUGGGCUCCUUCUCCCUAACACUUCUCUCCUACUUCUACAUUAUCAUCUCUCUUUUCUCCAAGUCUCGUUCUUGCAGCACACUUCACAAAGCACUGUCCACGUGUGCCUCUCACUUCAUGGUGGUCAUUCUUUUCUAUGCUCCUGUUCUCUUCACUUACAUUCGUCCUGCGUCAGGCAGUUCCAUGGAACAGGACCUGGCACCUGCCAUCAUGUACAGUGUGGUCACUCCUGUACUAAACCCACUGAUCUAUGCUUUGAGGAACAAGGAAGUGAAAGGGGCCUUGAGUACUGUGAUCAGAAAAGGGGGGGUUAUACCUCUUCUCAGAUCAUGUACAAUAUGCAUAAUAGAAGAAAGCAGCUAA